GCACAUGAUUACUGAAUGGCAUAACAGGCGCUCACCGGCCCUUGUUAUUGAUUCAAACGAGUUUCACGUCGUCUCCGUUCUGAAAUCCACCAUCUCUCUCUCCACCAUCUGACACGAUGUCUGUCAUCAUAUCUACACCAAUCACCGAGCUUUUUGGGAUCAAACAUCCCAUAUUGCUCGCAGGCAUGAAUGUGGCGGCUGGUCCGGAACUGGCAGCUGAAGUGACGAAUGCAGGUGGACUAGGGUGUUAUCGCUCACAUGGACAUUUAAAUACAACUCCGCCGCAUCAGAUUCAAGCUAUCAAGAAGGACUUGAAGAAUCCAGAUGCACCAUUUGGGGUUGACCUACUCAUCCCCCAGGUUGGCGGGAAUGCAAGGAAAACAAACUAUGAUUACCAAAAUGGGAAACUAAAUGAACUCAUUGAUAUCAUUAUCGAGGAGAAAGCGGCUCUUUUCGUGUGCGCUGUCGGUGUGCCGCCAAGGCAGGUAGUCGAUAAGUUACAUAGCGCAGGUAUACCCGUCAUGAACAUGGUCGGACAUCCCAAACAUGUCCCGAAAGCGCUUGCAAUGGGAGUUGAUCUAAUUUGCGCUCAGGCCGGGGAAGGCGGCGGUCACACAGGCGAUGUCCCUGCAUCAGUCCUUAUUCCUGCGGUCGUUGACGCAUGUCGCGGACAUGUCUCUCCGCUGACAAAGAAGCCGGUAUACGUUAUCGGUGCUGGUGCGGUGUAUGAUGGGCGCGGACUCGCCGCAAAUUUGGCGUGGGGAGCACAAGCGGUCUGGGUAGGCACCAGAUUCGUUGCAUCCACGGAAGCAAAUGCGCCCAAGGCACACAAAGAUGCGCUCGUAACCGCAGGAUACGAGGACGCCGUCACGACCCUGAUUUUUACCGGACGACCCCUCCGAGUCAGGAGAACGCCGUACGUCGAGGACUGGAAUACCAAUCGCCAAGCGGAGAUUAAGGAACUUACAUCCAAGGGUAUUAUUCCUGCGGCUUGGGACCUUGAACAACACCCAGAGAAGUCGCUAGAGGCUAGAACCUUCUUAAUAGGAAGAGUGGCAGCACUUAUCAAUGAAGUGCUGCCUGCUCAGCAGAUUGUGGAUGAGAUGGUGUCAGAUGCAGCGAAGAUACUGCAGCGCGGCGCUUCCCUAGUGUCGACUAAGGCAAAGCUAUAGGUUAUAGGUUUCUUAGAUAUAUAUUUGUUCGGGCGCCCGUAUAGUGUGAAUGACUUUUCUUUGUCUUGAAGCUUCAAGUUUUAUGCGCGGAUAGAUAUCACACUUACCCGAUCCGGCCCCCGGAUCACAGCGAUCGGUUCGCGUUGGCACCACGUGAUUCAUUGUAUGUGCCAACGAGCAAUCAAUGUCAUUCAUCCGCAAAGCAUCACUCCUCUUGC